GCGCGCUGUUCUUGGCGUCCCUGGAGCGGGUGCGGAGCGCGGCGUCUCCCGAGCCCCCGGCCCACGAUCACCCACCAUGACGACCUUGCUGGAGAUCAAGAGCAGUGUGCUGAGGCAAGUGCAGGCGCGCCCAUCCUUCCGCCGGAGGACCGAGGGAGAGCCUGGGAGCGCCAGUGCUGACCCACAGGAGCCCGCCGCAGGGGCUUGGAAGCCUGGGGACGGUGUGGAGUUCUUUGCGCAGAUGCGCCUCAUCCUGAAGAAGGGGGAAGGCAGACAGGGCCUGCCGUGCCCCGAGGUCCUCUUGCGCAGUGGUUCACCAGCCCCUGCCGAGCCUGUGGACCCCAACCGUGGCCUGAGAGCCCUAACCCAGGAGGAGGUGGAGAUGCUCUAUGAGGAAGCCCUGUACACAGUCCUUUACCGUGCAGGGACCAUGGGCCCUGACCAGGUGGAUGACCAGGAGACCCUACUGGGCUACCUGCAGCAGGUGUUUGGUACCAGCCCCGAGGAGCACGCCGAGGCCAUUGAGCGUGUGAAGAAGGCCAAGGCCCCCACGUAUGCCCUGAAAGUCUCUGUCAUGCGUGCGAAGAACCUGAUGGCCAAAGACCCCAAUGGCUUCAGCGACCCAUACUGCAUGCUGGGCAUCCUGCCAGCCUCGGGCGCCCCACGGGAGCCGGGCCCGCACAAGGAGCAGCGUUUCAGCUUCCGCAAAGGCAGCAAGCGUGGAGGCCCACUGCCAGCCAAGUGCAUCCAGGUCACCGAGGUCAAGAGCAGCACCCUGAACCCUGUCUGGAAGGAAAACUUCCUCUUUGAGAUUGAGGAUGUCAGCACCGACCAGCUGCACCUGGACAUCUGGGACCAUGAUGAUGAUGUGUCUCUGGUGGAAGCAUGUAGGAAGCUGAAUGAAGUCAUCGGCCUGAAGGGCAUGAGCAGGUAUUUCAAACAGAUUGUCAAGUCGGCCCGUGCGAAUGGGACAGCAGGGCCCACGGAGGACCACACCGAUGAUUUCCUGGGGUGUCUCAACAUACCCAUCCGGGAGGUGCCCGUGGCGGGUGAAGACCGCUGGUUCAAGCUGGAACCGCGUUCCAGUGCCUCCCGAGUGCAAGGAGACUGCCAGCUGGUCCUCAAGCUGAUCACCACACAGAGGGACACGGGCAUGAGCCAGCGCGGACGGUCGGGUUUCCUGUCCUACAUGCUGCUGCUCAGCCGUCUGCUGCAGUUCGAGCACCGAUCCCAGGAGCCCAACUCGAGCGGCUGGCGCGGAGAGCUCAGCGGGCCCGCGGCCACCGUGCUCUGCCUACACGGCGCGCAGAGCAACCUGUCUGCGCUGCAGUUGGCUGUGCUGCACUGGCAGGUCAGCAGCCGCCACCAUCAGACCUGCACCCUGGACUAUGGCUACCUGCUGGGGCUGCUGGAGGACAUGCAGGUCCACUGGGAGGAGGCAUCCUCCCUGCCCCAAGAGCAGGAGGAGAGCCUAGCUGACAGCUUCUGUGCCUUCUCGGAGUUUGGGCUGCAGCUGCUACGUCAGCUCCGAGACUACUUCCCAGCCACCAACAGCACAGCCGUCCACCGCCUGGAGCUGCUGCUGAAGUGUCUCAGCAAGAUGCAGCUCUUCCAGCCAUCCUUCGAGAUCUGCCCCUUCGAGACGGAGCUGAACAUGGACAUCGCCGCGGCUCUGAAGAGAGGCAACCGUGAGUGGUACGACAGGCUCCUGAACACCAAGAGUCCUCGCGAGCAGCCGGGGCCGAUGCGCCUUGCCGGGCUGGUGGAGCUGGCUGACGCCGUCUACGAGGACCUGCAGUCCUGCUAUGGCAUCUACGCUAGCCUCUUCCACAGCAUCGUCGAGAUCGACUUCUUCACCCUCACUUUCCGGCAGCUGGAGCGUCUGGUGGCCGAGGAGGCAUGGGUGCUGACGGAGGAGCUGAGCCCCAAGAUGACCCUCGAGGUGGCCUCGGGGCUCUUCGAGCUGUACCUGACCCUGGCUGACAUCCAGAGCUUCUGGAGCAGCAUCCCCGGCCGUGAGAGCCGCUCCCUUGCUCUGGCCGGCAUCCAUGCCCCCUUCCUGCCCGCCGUGAAGCUCUGGCUGCAGGUGCUGCGGGACCAGGCCAGGUGGAGACUUCAGGGAGCCGUGGAUGUGGACACAUUGGAGCCCAUGGAUGCCUCCUGCAAGCACAGCAGCUCCGCGACCACUGCUAGUCUCUGCUUCAGUCUCAUCCAGGAACUGUGGGCCCGCCUGGCGUGGCCAGACCCUGCCCAGGCCCAGGUGCUGGGCACCCAGCUCAGCCAGGACCUGUGCGAGGCCACCCUCUUCUAUACUGAGCUGUUGCGAAAGAAGGUGGACGCUCAGCCUGGGACUGCAGGCGAGGCAGUGAGCGAACCACUCUGUGUGGUCCUCAACAACGUGGAGCUCCUCCGCAAGGCUGCUGGGCAGUCGCUGCGGGGUCUGGCAUGGCCGGAGGCGACCUCGGCGCUGGAGGGGGUGCUCCCACGGCCUCUGCUCAGCUGUGCGCAGGCCCUGGACGAAGACCUGCAGCAGGAGGUCCACACCGUGACGGCGCACCUGACCUCCAAGAUGGUGGCCGACAUCAGGAAGUACGUACAGCACAUCAGCCUGUCGCCGGACUCCAUCCAGAACGACGAAGCUGUGGCCCCACUCAUGAAGUACCUGGACGAGAAGCUGGCCCUGCUGAAUGCGUCGCUGGUGAAGGAGAACCUGAGCAGGGUGCUGGAGGCCCUCUGGGAGCUGCUCCUGCAGGCCAUCCUGCAGGCCCUCGGUGCAAACCUCGAUGUCUCCGCGGAUUUCUACGGCCGCUUCCACUUCACGCUGGAGGCCCUGGUGAACUUUUUCCAUGCGGAGGGUCAGGGUCUGCCCCUGGAGAGCCUGAGGGACGGAAGCUACAAGAGACUGGAGGAGGAGCUCCGUUUGCACCAGUGCUCCACCCGCGAGUGCAUUGAGCAGUACUACCUGGACAAGCUCAAGCAGAGGUGUCUGGAGCAGAAGCGGUCCGGGCGCCUGAGUGUCCGCUGCCACUACGAGGCGGCACAGCAGAGGUUGGCUGUGGAGGUGCUGCAUGCCGCGGACCUGCCCCCGCUGGAUGCCAACGGCCUGAGCGACCCCUUUGUGAUUGUGGAGCUGGGCCCACCACACCUUUUCCCACUGGUCCGCAGCCAGAGGACGCAGGUCAAGAGCCGGACGCUGCACCCUGUGUACGACGAGCUCUUCUACUUCUCUGUGCCGGCAGAGGCGUGCCGCCGCCGCAGCGCCUGCGUGCUCUUCACGGUCAUGGACCACGACUGGCUGUCCACCAACGACUUCGCAGGGGAGGCGGCCCUCGGCCUGGGCAGCAUCGGUGGCAUAGCGCGGCCCCAGGUGGGAGGGAGCUCGAGGGCCAGGCAGCCUGUGACCCUGCACCUGCGCCGGCCCAGAGCCCAGGUGAAGUCAGCGCUGAGGAUGCUGGAAGGCCGUACCAACAAGGAGGCGCAGGAGUUUGUCAAGAGACUUAAGGAGCUGGAGAAGUGCAUGGAGGCGGACCCCUGAGCCCCUCCUGCCCCAGGCCCUCCCCGAGUCCCUGCACUGGCCUCACCCUGCCCUGCAGUCAGCUUUGUGCAGCCAGGGCUUGCUCCCCCCUCACCCCGCCGUGUGGUGUGCAUGCUGCAGCUGGCCCUCCAGCCCCUCCUCCCUGCCCUGGCCCUGUGUGCUGUGUACUGUGAACCCAUUGCAUCCAGCAGGCACCACCACCCCCCCAUCCUGGGUUUGGGGGACUAACUCGGUGGGGCCUGGUCAGCAGCUGUCCCCCUGGAUGCGGAGCAGAGCAGGCCCGGCCA